AUGAGAUCUCUCUUAUUCGCAUCAAUCCUUUCCCUCAGCCAUGCGGCUUCCCUUCAGAGCUCCCACAGUGUUGUUCGAUUCCACGAUCUGGACGUGACAGCCGACUCCCUCCACAACAUCCACAUUGAGUUUGCGGAUAAGCAAUUCCAAGGCCAUGUGGAAUUUGUAUACGGUGAUUGCAGCAUUCAACAUCCAACGGAGAGUCAUCACACUAUUACGUCCCAUUUCGUCACUCGUGAUGCUCAUCCAGAACGACUGGUUUGGGUCACUCCUCCUGAUGCACAAGGACUGCAUUGUAUUCAUGCCUUCUCCAGUUCUAUCCUUCUCGGUCGUUCAUCGCCUAUAACGGUCACUCCAGUCAUGAAGAAGCGCGAGAGUAUCGCAGAUGUGGCGGAUAUGGAGGGUCCAUGGUUCGACGGAAUUGCAUACAUGAAGUCAAAGGCACAAGACAAAGCAUUAGUCGCCAAGUCUAAAAACACCUCUGUUGCUAUUCUGGGAGGUGGCAUGUCCGGCCUUAUGACCAGCCAUCUACUGGAGUCUGUGGGUAUUCAUAACUGGCACAUAUAUGAAUCUUCCGGGCGAGUCGGAGGUAGAAUCCGCACAAAGUACCUGAACAACACACGCCCUGAUGAAUACCAGUACCAGGAGAUGGGACCGAUGCGAUUUCCCGUUAGCAUCACAUACGCCGACACCAACGAGACACUGCAGAUCAUGGACCAUCGCAUGGUCUUUCAGCUGGCCGGCGUGCUCAACAAGAUGAACGCCGACAGACCGGAUCUGCAGGUCAACUUCAUUCCCUUCUACCAGCAUGGGGACAACCUACCUGCAGACUCCGGGGGUGUUAGGCUUCCGAAUGGCUUCAUUCCCACUGUCGCGGAUAUCGCUGCCAACUCGUCGCUGUCAUACACGGCAGCAGCGUCCAAUGCAUCGGCUGUCGCACAGGCAGAGGCAGCUUACAAUAACUACACCACCAUGGAAAAUCGCGAGACAAUCCGUCAGCUUGCAACCAACAUGUACAAAAUGCAUCGAUGGGCAGUCGACAACAACAUGUUCCACUGGUCUGAAGCUGGAUAUCUCCGCUAUGCACUCGGCGAGAAUGCCAACAUCUCCGACUAUAUCGCCGGAACAACCCCCACUCCCAUCUGGGGCGACUUGUACGAGGACGUCUACUUUGCUGCUACGGAAUGGAGGACCAUCGAUAAGGGACUCGAGUCGCUUCCUCGUGCCUUCUAUCCCCAUGUCGCGGACAGAACAACGCUGAACCGCACAGUCGACGGGCUUGUAUACAACACCACAUCCGGCAAAAUCGGCGUCGCCUGGCGCAAUCAUCCCCUCGACAUGACCCCUCAGACAAAAGAAUACGACUACGCCGUCGUGGCAGUCCCAUUCAGCAAAGUCAGACUCUGGGAAAUGCCUCAAUAUUCAUCCCUUCUCAGCCGCGCAAUUUCCACCCUCAACUAUGACCCCUCCUGCAAAAUGGCUCUGCUCUACAAAACCCGCUUCUGGGAACAUCUCGACCAGCCCAUCUACGGUGGCUGUGGGUCCGUCGACGUAGCGGGCGUCGGCAGCGUCUGUUAUCCAUCGUUCAACAUCAACGGCACCGGUCCAGGCGUGGUGCUGGCGUCAUAUGUCUCAGGCACACCUGCUCGCUCCACGGCCGCCCUGAGCGAUGAGGAGCACGUCGCGCUGAUCCAGCGCACAAUGGUGCAAAUACAUGGUGAGAUCGCAGCGGAGCAGUUCACGGGUAUCUAUGACCGCCAGUGUUGGGAGGUUGACCAGCACCAGGCUGGUGCGUGGGCGGAUCCGCUUGUCGGUCAGCAGGAGUUGUAUCUCCCUGCUUACUAUCAGACUGAGUAUAACACAAUCUUCAUUGGUGAGCAUACCAGUUAUACGCAUGCGUGGAUUUUCUCAGCUCUGGACUCGGCUGUACGUGGUACGACGCAAUUGCUGUUGGAUCUUGGUCUGGUUGAUGAGGCCAAGGCUAUUGUUGAGGAGUGGAUGGGGAGAUGGAUUAAGCUGUAG